AUGAGUUAUCAGGAUUACGGCAACAACCAGGGCGGUUACGGCUCCUACAACCCCUAUGGCGGUCAACAACAGCAGGCCUACGGUCAGAACCCGUACGGUCAGGCCAAUGCCAUGGAGCAGGGCAAUGGUAGCUACGAGAUGGGCCAGAUGGGCGCCCAGCAAGCUGCCGACCCGGGCACCCUGCUCAACAAGUGCCGCGAGAUCAACGAAGGUAUUCGCGACAUCACCGCUAAGCGCGAAGGCCAGCUUGUCGCCGCUCAGAACGCCCUCCUCGACUCCAGCACCGGCAAGGAGGACCAGGUCGCCCGCCAGACCCUCGACUACAUCGAGGACGAGAUCAACAAUGGCUUCCGCUACCUCCGCGACCAGAUGAAGAAGAUCAAGGACACCCCGGGCUCCGGCGACAACCGCGUCCAGACCCAGGUCGAUGUCACCAGCCGCAACUUGCGUCGCGAGAUCGAGCACUACCAGCGUGCCCAGAAGGACUUCCGCGAGCGCCUGCGCGACCAGGUGCGCCGUCGCUAUGAGAUCGCCAACCCCGAGGCCACCAGUGAGGAAAUCGAGCAGGGUGUCGACAAUGUCCUCCUCGGACAGGAGCAGAGCUUCCAGGUCACCGGCAGCCGUACCCGACAGGCCAACGAUGCCCGACAGGCCGCUCUGGAGCGUUCCGCCGCCAUCCGCAAGAUCGAACAGGAUAUGAUUGAGCUGAGCCGUUUGUACCAGGAAGUCGCGGAACUCGUGCAUCAGCAAGAACCCCAGGUGGAACAGAUCAACCAGGAUGCGCAGAAUGUGUCGCAGAACAUCGCCCAGGGCAACGCUCAGAUCUCGGAGGCCAUUGAGAGCGCGCGUCGCGCUCGCAAGUGGAAGUGGUAUGCCUUGCUUGUCGUCAUCCUCAUCAUCGCCAUCGUCGUCGGUGUGGCCGUCGGUGUCACCCAGGCCAACAAAUAA